AUGUCCGUUCCUCGAGGGUGGUUCUUUGCACCAGAGGAAGUGGGACUCCUAGUUGUACGAACAGGUCGACGCUGGAAACUGUGGAGAGAACGUGACGCAAGUGUGGAGCUCUCCCACACUGAUGAUGAAGAAACCUACUCAGCUAUUUGCUGGGCCGCAGCCGACUCACAUGCAUUCAAGGGCCACUGCGUGGUGGUCGGCUGCACCAGCGGUCGGGUACAAGUCUGGGAUUGUUCCAGUGGCGAGAAUAUGUCUACAGCACAGGCUUUCCAUUCUUUGGCGCGUGGUGUGGACUGCAGUGUCUCUGCCUUGGUUUUCCUGAAGAGUCGGACCAGUAUCUUCGCAGCUUGCAACGGACUUCCAGAGAUUUUGGAAAUUGGGCUGACGGAUGGGCUGACGAGAAGCUCCCUUAGAAGUGGCAAGAGUGGUGUGACUACUCUGGCAGCUGCAUCAGCAUCUGCCGAUUGGUUGGUAUCUGCCGGAGUGACGUCUCCUUUGAAAGUCUGGUGCUUGCCAGCUGCUGGUGCUGACUUGGGGAACCUCAAGAAGGCGAAUCAGAGAUUGAAAGGUCCAGGAAGCACGCCGACUUCUCUGGAUUUGCACUCUUCGGGUGGGACGAUCUAUGUUCUUUGUGCCGAUGGUACAACACAGGUUGAAUUUUAUCACGUCGGCCCUGAUGACAGUGGACAGGGCACUCAAGCAUCUACACGGGUCCUCUCUUGCCAUGAACGCAUUCAUCGAGUUUGGUUUGGGAAGCAGUCAGCAGGUGACGAUUUUGUGGCUCUUGGCUACGGUGACUCUGUCGUUGCCUGCUGGAACUUUGUUGCGAGCGCCAACGCUACGAUGCGAACAGUGACACCGACGUUUGCAGUCUCAAGACCUGAGUUUGAUGGACCGGUCAUUUGCAUGCGAGGUACCAGGUCAUCCGACCUGGUGGUGGCAUGUGGAGCUCCAGCGCAGCCACGUUUCUACCGUGUAUCUCCCCCGAAAUCUAAGAAGGCUUCAGCGCUCAUAGAAUCCUUGACACCUGCAGUUUCCUUGGAGAGCGACAAGGUUGAGAAGAAGCGCACUGCUGCUCCCACUGCUGUUCCUGAGACUGUCUCGCGCAAGCGGCCGAAGUCAAAUGAUGUGAAGGAGUCAACACGGCCAAAGCAGCCUCUUCCUGCAAGUCGUUCAGAGCUUGAAGGCAGCCAGUUGUCCUUAGCACCAAUGCUAAGACAGCACCUGCGAUCCAAGGACAGCAGUGCAUUGGACAAGUCUUUGGUGCUGAAAGAUCGAGCUGUCAUGGACACGUCCGCUGCAGAGCUUUCUGGUGUGGAGGCCUUUGAUUUGCUCCACGAGUGCGCAAAACGUGUUAUGGAAAGUCCUGCGCAGACCGCAGUAUACUGUGCAUGGAUCCAGCGAAUCGUGCUCCAUCAUGGGACGUUCCUCCGCUCGCAUCCCACACUGGCAGAUAGUCUGAGGCAAUUCUACGAAUCGGCACAGUACCGGUGUACAACCUAUCGUCAUAUGCGGCGAAUGCAUGGACGGAUUCGGCACCUGCUCGUGUCUGGAAAGAAGAUUAUGGACAGCGAGUCCACGGAAAUCACAAAGCCUUUGUUGGAAUAUGUCGAAGGUGAUGAAGAUUUUGAUGAUGCAGAUGAUGAGGAAGAGAAGGAGAACGAUGACGAGGAUGAUGAUGGUGAUAGUGGAGAUGAUGAGGACAUUGAUUUCGACGAUGCCUUCGACGAUAUGUCUGAUGAGAGCUUGGCAAUUGCGGCCAUGGGCAACGUGGAUACCGUGGUCUCUGGCAUAUCUGGUGCACCGAAAUUUGGCCCGGAGGGAAAUCCUGGCUGCUGGGGUGGCGACUUCAACUUCGAGCGCUGUUGCAUUGAUGCCAAUGAGCCAAAGCCAGAUCCGCUGGUCACCGAAGUGACUGCGUAUCCAGACUGCAUGGUACGAGGAGUUGUACUGCGGCAUGAAGGUGAACAUGCAAUCUUUGCAGACCUCUCCCUCUUUGGGCAUGCAGGAUGUUUCUUAAACGAUUGUAAGCUGACGGACAAGUUUGAAGCCGUGGACCCUGGAAUUUGCGCGCGGGCAUGCGCGGCCACCGAAGCGUGCACACACUGGAGCUAUGGGCAGCAGUAUGGCACCAAGAAGUGCUUCCUCCGGAAGUCUGACGGAGGCCGAGCAUCUCUAGCACAUUGGACCUCUGGCGUAAAGGCCUGCGUGCCCCCAGCCUUGCCCCCAGCAGCGGUGGCGUUGCGCGCUGGGACCUGCGAAGGACUGAAAAAGUGUGAUGCAGGAAAAGGAGAUGAGUGUCCAAAUGUGGUAGCUGCAGCAAACACUUGGAUCUUUGCCAUCAAUCACAUGAAACGUGCCUUUCGUGGCAGAGUGGAUGCGGAUACCUGGAACCACAUUGAGCGCAUUGGCAAAGAGUCAGAGAACUUUCUGAAUCAACUUACUUCACCAUACCGACCCAGUGACAAAGACUUUCCACGUGUAGUCUACAACAACAGGUUGAUCUUCUCACACUUGGAAGAUGCACUGGCUUCGCAACCACAAGUGACCUUCUCUAGUGAGGAUGCUUCGCUGCCGAAUCCGCUGCGCUUUGGCAGCCUCUGUGGAAACAUCUCUUGCUACGACGGUGAAGCCAUGGAGGGCUCUGCCAGCCCAGUCUCUCCGGUCUCAGCUGCGGUAACUGCGCUGGAGCGUGCAGCCCGUCUCUCAGAUGAGGCCAUUGCUGCGCAGCUCCAGCAGUUCUUGGACCGAUGGCAUUUCCAGGUCAUGACCUCCUCCAUGGGACAAAGUUGGAAUCGCCUGGAGGUGGUAAGAUCUGCAGUGCAAAUGCUGGCCUACGGCGGUGUCCCAUUGACUGAAGCCGAAAUCAUUAAGUUGCCGCGCAUGGAGGAGGAAUAUAUGAUUGACUACAUUGUGGACAAGAUGGACGAGUCUGUACGAGAGAGGUUUGAUGAGAUAACAGAAGACUAUGCUGAGCUGAUUGCAGCGACGUGCAAGAUUAGAUCUGUGUUGGACCUGCGCAGCGAGCAGGAGAUCAUGGAUUUGAUCGAGACCGACUCCUCCGAGAUGUGCCAGCAAGUUCUCAAGCAAGCUGUGCUGACCGCUGGGGGGAAGGUAGCUCACUUGCACAGAUGUCAAAAUACGUGGGUCAACAAUAUGGAGACUCGUUUAGAUCGACUAACGCGAGCCGCAGAGAUUGCUGAAGCAGCGCAGAAGCAAUUCCUGAUUGUUGAGGCAUGA